AAGAAAUAAAAAAGAAAGGAGAAGAAGUCAGUUUGGUCGUCUAUGAGGAAAAGACACAGACGAUUAGAAGAACAGAAGGGCAAGAGACAAAAGAGUUUCAUCCUGUUGGGACUGAAUGUUUCCAGCAUCAAAUCAGGAUGUUGGUUUUCAUCUGGAUAAUUGUGUCUCUCUCUACUAACAACGGUGCAUUAGGACAGAAAAAAGAGUGUCAACAACCUGGUUACUGCGUUACUCUCUCUACAACCAUAACAGCAGAGGCUGGACUCUGUGCUGUGAUACCAUGUUCUUUCACAUCUGAAUUUGAGCCAAAAGUUAUUAUUUGGUUUAAAUGCGAAAACCCCCAAAACCCAUGUUCAAAUUCUGACCCUGUCUUUCACUCUGACAAGAGCAAUACAGAUAUUCAGUCUGGGUUCAAAGGUCAUGUAUCACUGCUGGAGCCUGAUGUGACUCAUAGGAACUGCAGCAUCAUAAUCAAUGAUCUCAGAAAGUCUGAUUCUGGAUAUUAUCUGCUCAGAGUUGAAGGAGACAGACGUGGGGAUAAAUAUUCUUAUACUGUUUUAUACACCAAUCUCUCUGUAAAAGAUCUUAAUCCAAAGCCAGAAAUAAAGAUUCCUCCUCUGAUUGAGGGACAGCAGGUCACUCUGAGCUGCACUGCUCCUGGUUUCUGCUCUGGGUCUCCUCCUAAAAUCACCUGGAUGUGGAGAAGAAAAGGAGAGAAGGAGAAAAGUUUCCAGGGAAACACCACCUCAAAAACUGAGAAUCUGACUGCUGUCAAACAGAUUCACAGCUCAACUCUGACCUUUAAACCUUCAGCUGAACAUCACAACACCAAUAUAACCUGUCAGGUCAGUUUCACAGGAGGAAAAACCACAGAAGAGACUGAAACACUGAAUGUAAACUACUUUAGAAAACCUCAGAUCUUUGGCAAAACAACAGUAAAGGAAGGAGAUCAUCUGAAUCUGACCUGCAGUGUUGACAGCUUCCCUCCCUCAGUUAUAAAGUGGAAUAAAGUUGGAACAGAUUUCAACCUGCAGUACAACAUUUUAAACAAGUCUUAUAACAGCACUAAAACAUUCCUGAAUGAAAGUCAUCAUAAUUCUUCUUUGCUCAUCAUUAAUGUAACAUCAGAAGACGCUGGACGCUACAUUUGUACAGCAACAUACCUGAAUGACACCCUGACAAAAGAAGUCAUUGUUAAUUACAGUUGUUUAUCUUGUUCCUUUGUUGCACUUUUUUCCCACACAGACCUCAGAAAUCCUCAGAUCUUUGGCAAAACCACAGUAAAGGAAGGAGAUGAUCUGAAUCUGACCUGCAGUGUUGACAGCUUCCCUCCCUCAGUUAUAAAGUGGACUAAAGUUGGAACAGAAACUGACCUGCAGCACAUUUCUAAUCAUUCUUACAACACCACUGAAAACAAUACCAAGUGGAAACAUGGAAAUGGUUCUUUUUCCAUCACUAAUAAGUCAGCAGAAUUUUCAGGGCUUUAUAGUUGUGCUGUGGAACACCUGAUGGAAGAAAUCAAAGUAACAUUAACAUAUAAAAGAGACCCUCAGGUUUUCAGGAAUGCAACUGUAAAGAAAGAAGUUGUUCUCAAUCUGAGCUGCAGCAUUGACCGCUUCCCUCCAUCAUAUAUCAGAUGGAUGAAAUCUGGAACAGAAACUGGUUUAAAUAGAAAUAUUUCAGAAGUAAAUAACAGCUUGGAAAUAUAUCAGCAGUAUCAACUUGAAAAUGUCUCUUUUACUAUCAAAAAUGUAAGUAUGAAGGAUGCAGCGCCUCACAUUUGUACAGCAACAUAUCAAGGCAUGGAAGGAGAAAUCCACGUUAAAUAUAAAAUGACGCCUAAGACUAUUGGAAACCAGACUGUAAAAGAUGCUCUGAAUAUGCCCUGCACUGAAAAUAGCUUUCAUCCAUCACUUAUAAUUUGGACUGAUCAUGCAGGCAGCAUAAAACCAACAAGCAACACUAGUCUCCACAAGAUCGGUGCACUUGAUAAACUUGUCAUCUUCAACAUAACAAGAGAAGAUUCAGCAAGAUACGUUUGCACAGCAACAUACAUGAACAGCAAAAUGACUGUAUAUGCUGACAUAAAAGUGACCUGGCUUCCAAAGGUAGUGAAUGGUUCUGGAUGUCGACUUUGCUCAACGGUUUUAAUCUGUAGUUGCAUCAGCGAUGGGUUUCCUUUACCCACCAUAAAAUGGCCGUUGCUGAACAACCACACAGAAUACUCUGUCAUCAACAUGGUGUCAACCCACAUUCUCAACAGCACUGUUACUAUAAAUGUUGAUAUCCUUAACAGCACGAGUGUUGAAUGUAUAAGCAGCAAUGAGAAUGGGGAAGCACAAGAAAAACUCAGAGUCCAAAAGCAUUGUCAAGGACCAGAAGCGAUUACGUGUACACAGAUCCUUUCUGAAAAAGCUGCCAUGCUCCAAAUUGCCAUUGCCUUUUGUGCCGGGUUCCUUCUUUCAGCAAUCAUCUGCUGCUUAUUCAUGAAAUUCUACAGAAAAAAAAGGAAACACUCUGGAAAUGUGGGUCAAUCUCUAGAAAUGGUCUCCCCUUUGAUGCACAACAGUCGAGCUACCGAGGGUGGCCUGUCCCACAGGGGACUCCAGGAGGGAGCUCUGGCUGCAGCUCCUGAAGCUGCCGGUUGUCCACGGGAACUGGUUUAUGCCUGCAUUGACUUUUCCCUGAUGGCCCAGCUUCCCAGAAAACGAGUAAAAAGCUCAGAAAAUACCAAUACAGAAUAUUCAGAAAUCCAAAUAAAGAAAAAAGAAAUGAACGAUUCUGAAAAGGAAAGUGAACUAGCGGAGAUGAAAACCGAGGAGGAGGAAAAGGAAAACUAUGCUGAAAAGGAGAAAGAAGAAAAAGAGGAGGUAGUGUACUCCAGUGUGCAGGAUUUACUUACAGGGAAUUGAAGAAUGGUGAUGAAGAGAUGAUGAUGAACACAAACACCCCUUAUGUUCAUGUUGUGUCUCAAUAUUACCCAGUAUAUCAUAAAGUUAAUAGUCCUAAAUAGACACCAAUUGUACAAAAUAUGGUAAAAAAAAAUAUAGGUAUGAAAUGUUAACACAUGUGUUGGUUUGUAUCUUAUACAACUUUUAGCAUAAAUCAUGCUAGAAACAUCAAUAAGCAUGUUUAUACAUGAAAAAGAUGCCUUGUUGUCAUUUACAGAUCACAGUUCAGAUUUCUGAGAAUGUAUUGCUAGAAUUGUACAGAUGUUGAAAGAAUAAUCAUGAGACUUAUUUUUUUAUUUAAUUAACCAUCUUGCUAAAACUAUUUUCUUUAAACAUAACUUAUUGUGGUUCACAAUGUUUUUAAGAAUAUUAUUCUUCAAAUGUUUCCAAUAACUGUAUAGUAUUUUUCAUAUCUUUGCUUACAGUAUACUCCUGCCCUAUGCGCCUUUCCCUUUGCUGCUGGUACACCUGAAUAUUCCCAAUGUGGAACUGAAAAGGACUUUCCAUUCUAUUCUAUUUUGUAGAUAGCAUUAUGGUGAUGUCACACAUCUGAGAGUGAGCCUAACGAUGACCAUUGCCAUUUUAGGAAGGGUAAACAUUUGCUUAGCAACCACAGAGUUAGACAUUUAGACAGCACUCUCAGUAGAAUUUAGAAGCAACUUGAGUCAUAUUGGUUUAUUAAUAACAGUAAUAUAAUAGAAAAAUUAGCUUUAAUCACAGAACCAGGGCGAGGAGAGGCUACAGUUGACAGAGGCUAGUUACACCCCUUUUACACUGGCUGAAAAAACCAUUUAGACGUGGGAACAAUUGACUUUUAGUGGCAGUGAACACAGCUAACUGACGCCUGUCUACCGAGGUCAAAUGACUUGGCAAGUGACCUGCAUUAAAAUCGCCUCGGCUCUGAUUGGCAUGCAGUGGGAACACAAGACCUGGGCUCAAAUUACGUGACACCAUUGAAUGCAACCUACGUACUGCAGCACACUGCACCAGUUGCUUCAGAUCUAACAAGCCCAAACAACUCUUUUUACAUUUGAUAAACAUGGCUCAACACUGGUAAGAGGGAUUUGGACAGAUAAAAGAGUGAAAUACUACAGAAUACGGACUACGCUCUGGCUCCCACCCAUGUUACUCUCCAUUAUUUACUUCCCUGACUUCCAUCACACUGUUGACAUCAUUAGCACUCACCCACUGUGAUGUCGUCAUCAGACACACAUUGGUGGGGGACAUUGGCCACGCAGCUUGCCAGAAGGGAUUCAGGCUUCGCUUCUUGGUCAAAUAAGAAAAGAGCCAAAAGCCGAUUCUUAGCGGGGCAACCUAAUAAUACAGUACAAUAUAAAUGCCUACUACACACGUAGAUCAACUUUGACUUCGUAGUCAAGGUUUCUGCAUUUUCACAGACUGUUCAUAAAACUUGCACCCAUGUCGAUCUAUUUGGUCCUUUCUCUGUUGAAAGCCUUAGAAAGACAGUUUAUAUACCUCCCAGGCAUGACCACUGCAACCAUAAGCAACACAGGACUUUGGUAUCAGGAUGAAAUUUACAGCAGGCUUAUCUAUAUGAAGUCAGAACUAGUCGUUACUGUGCAGUUGUUUACCCCUCCUGUAAUGGCCAUGCAUGACAGCAGACAGCAGUCUGCAAGCAUUCUGUUCUAUUCUAUUCUAUUCUAUUCUAUUCUAUUCUAUUCUAUUCUAUUCUAUUCUAUUCUAUUCUAUUCUAUUCUAUUUUAUAUAAAUCAAUACAACAUUUUUUUAUAUGACUGUAACAAAAACUAUUUUCUCACUGGGGUGUGCUGCAUAUGGUUAAAAACAAUAUAGAUUAUUCUGUUUUUUGAAUUAGACUUUUUUGGAGUAUUCCUACACUUCACAGAUUAAAAAAGAAAAACUUGAAAUUGAAACAAUUGUAUUUUUUUCCCAGUAGCCUAUACUAUCACUGUCAUUUCACCAUACCUCUUACUUUCUUCUUUCUGUGCUGCUCUUGUUUAUAUCCACUGUACUUGAUGUCUUUCCAUGUUUUGUAAAUAAAACGUUAUUUUAAAUAAUAUAAAACUAAAUUUAUAUUGGCUUAAAUAUGCCAUGCUUUGUUUAGAUUUUUUGUUGUAAGCUUUAGAAGGUAAUAUAUUGCUAAAACAAAUAAACCUUGA